AGGCCCCGAGAGCGCCGCCCGCAGCGCUGUCCGGGUGAUGGGCAGCUGGCCUCGCAGCCACAGCGCCUACCCCGAGCCCUGCUGGGGACCGCCGCCAGGAGGACCCCGCCCUGCCAAGCGCCGCCGAACCCAGGAGCCCGCGGGCCUGGAGGGGCCCCAGGCCGCGGACACACUCACCUCCGUGGUGGUCCUGGCCACCGGCUGUGCCCUGCAGCUUCUCCUGGACGACGUAGACCUGGUGCUGGAGCCCGAGCCGACGUCGGCCCUGCAAGUGACCGUCGGAGAGCUCACCCUAGUGCUGGUCCCCGAGGCUCUCCUGCGCUCCGGAGGGCAGGGCCACUCGCCUGCCAGCCUGGAACGGGGCGCGUUCCCGAGCGCGCCCGAGCACGACGUCGCCGUCGAGCGGGGCCUCUUCUGCGUUUCUGCCCCAGAGAUGGCCGCCCAAGCAGAGGCCUACGAGGAAGACGCCGACCGCGAGUUCCUGCAGCCUCGGAUGGACCCUGCAGCGGGCUCCGUCCCUGGGCUCCGCCCCUGCGCUGCAAGGGUGGCCAGCCCCCACCCGCAGGGCCCCACACCGGGUGCCUGGCCUUGGGCCCCCACCCCUAGCCCAAGGAGAAGCUCUCCUCUCCGCUACUUCAACCUGGACGCCCACCUUCUGGAGCCCUUCCCCAACUCGCCACUCCAACCUCUACCUCCCUCUCCGAGCCCAGGCCCCCACGCGCGCCCCCAGCGCCUUCCGGGUCCCUCUCCCAAGGCCCGGAGGCGCCUAUUCCAGGAAUGA